ACAGGAAAGUCAAUAUGCAGGAGUGGGUGCCACGCUUAUUCGAGCGGGAUAUCAUCUCUGGAGACUGGGUCUACAUGCACGCAGACCUGCGUCCGUGGGACAGCCACAAUGACGUCGUCCAGUACGAGCACAACUUUGUCGUGCAGACGAAGACGAUGCAUCACACGGCGAUCGUGCGCACGACCAGCAUCCUCAGCGUCGAGGAGGCGCCCGACGGCGGCAAGCGAAUCUUGGCGAGCGGCAG